CUAGCUUCCGGUGGCAACAUGGCGGCUCUUACAUCCUUAGUAUCGUACAGCAGUGGUUCAGAGGCUGAUAGUGAGUCCGAUAGUGAAGAUUGCAGCGCACAUUUAAAAGUUUUACCCCCAGGAACAGGAGUUUUAAGAGUUGUGGACUCAGCACCGGAGGUAGCGGUCAAGGAAGAUGUGGAGACUGGACAUCACCUUGAUCCUUAUGUCAAAGAGGUUCAAUUUAAUCCUACCUAUGAGACAAUGUUUGCACCAGAGUUUGGCCCCAACAAUCCGUUCAAAACACAGCAGAUGGCUGCUCCUAGGAACAUGCUCUCAGGAUUUGCUGAACCAACGCAUAUUAACGAUUUCAUGUUUGAACAACAGAGAAGAACAUUUGCAACAUAUGGUUAUGCACUAGAUCCUUCCAUAGACAAUCGGGAAACCAGCACUAAGUAUAUUGGAUCUGUUGAUGAAGCAGAAAAGAAUCAAGGUUUAACAGUAUUUGAAUCCACACAGAAGAAAUCUGACAAAAGGAAGAAAGUAAAAGGAAGCGAUGCCUCAAACAUAGACGGUUUUCUUGGCCCUUGGGCAAAAUAUAUUGAUGAAAAGGAUGUUGCAAAACCUUCAGAGGAAGAGCAGAAGGAGUUGGACGAAAUAACAGCGAAAAGGCAGAAGAGGGGAAAACAGGAGGAGGAUAAGCCUGCAGAAGAGAAGACCAUUUUACAUGUUAAAGAAAUGUACGACUAUCAAGGAAGAUCUUAUCUUCAUAUUCCUCAAGAUAUCGAUGUUAACUUGCGAUCAUCAGAACUCCCAGAAAAGUGCUACCUUCCAAAGAAACAGAUACACGUCUGGUCUGGGCAUACUAAGGGUGUCAGUGCUGUGCGGUUGUUUCCAGAUUCUGGCCAUUUGCUGCUAUCUUGUUCCAUGGACUGCAAGAUUAAGCUCUGGGAGGUGUACAAAGACCGAAGAUGCUUACGCACAUUUAUAGGGCACAGUAAAGCUGUGAGAGACAUAUGUUUCAACAAUGCUGGGACACAAUUCUUAAGUGCUGCUUAUGACCGGUAUCUCAAGCUGUGGGACACAGAAACAGGACAGUGUAUUUCUAGGUUUACAAAUAAAAAAGUCCCAUACUGUGUAAAAUUCAAUCCUGAUGAAGAUAAACAGAAUCUAUUUGUGGCUGGAAUGUCUGAUAAGAAGAUUGUGCAGUGGGAUGUUCGAAGUGGAGAGAUAGUCCAGGAGUAUGACAGGCAUCUGGGGGCUGUCAACACCAUCACAUUUGUGGAUGAGAAUAGGCGUUUUGUGAGCACCUCUGAUGACAAAAGCUUGAGGGUGUGGGAGUGGGACAUUCCUGUGGAUUUUAAGUACAUAGCAGAGCCAAGCAUGCACUCCAUGCCUGCUGUCACCUUAUCACCAAAUGGUAAAUGGCUAGCCUGUCAGUCCAUGGACAACCAGAUUUUAAUAUUUGGAGCUCAAAACCGAUUCAGACUGAAUAAAAAGAAAAUCUUCAAGGGCCAUAUGGUGGCAGGGUAUGCCUGUCAAGUUGACUUUUCUCCAGAUAUGAACUAUGUAGUGUCUGGAGAUGCCGAUGGAAAGCUGAACAUCUGGGACUGGAAGACAACUAAACUGUACAGCAGACUGAAAGCACAUGAUAAAGUUUGCAUAAGUGCUGUUUGGCACCCUCACGAAACAUCCAAAGUAAUAACAUGUGGAUGGGAUGGCCUUAUCAAACUAUGGGACUAAGCAGAGUGAAAAAGAGUGCCAUAUAAAUAAUGGCAGGUUACCUUUGGACAAAAGUAGAAUUGGCACCAGAAAAAGCACAAUAUCUGGAUCACUUAACUGUGCCAAUAUGAAUAAAUGGUAUAAUGCAGUUGUGAGAGAACAAUAUUUUGUAUAUGUUGUUGCAGAUUGCUUGCUGAUUGGGUUAUAUUUUUUUCUACUGUUCAGGUGUUUUUUUUGUGGUUUAACAGUAAUGGGUUAAACAGCAACUCAGAACGUGGCUAUUCUGUUGCACGUUGGGUGGUUCCUGGGAGCUGUAGCUCUCUAACAGCAGAUUCAUGAACAAAUUCUUUGUUCUCAAAAAAUGUUUCCACCUAAUGUAUUUUCUGUAUUAUUUGCCCUGCAACCAGUAUUCGCUUAAAGAGGCAGGAUAAACUUAUAUGCACCCUUGUUUCAUUUAAAACCAUGGCGUAUGUAUGCCAUGAGAGUGAUUCAUAGAAAACAUUUGUAAAGCAUCAGAGUUAUUUAUGUUCCAUGUACAUAGACCUUGUUUUUAUGAGCCAUAAUAAAAUUUUAAUGACUUGUUA